CCUGCAACCACAAACACCCCUAACAAUUGGUACCUCCCGCAACCUCUCCGACCAUGGAGACGGCAAUGAAAGCUUGGGAGCUCGAAAACUCCAUCAAGCUCGUCGAUCCUACAAAGGACGCUCUUUACUCCUACUCGACCACCUCCCAGAAAGCCAUCAACGAAGCCCGGCCAUGGCGUAGUGACCCUCACCACUUCACCAGUGUGCGCGUCUCCGCCGUCGCAUUACUGAAAAUGGUCAUGCACGCACGCUCAGGCGGCUCACUCGAGGUCAUGGGCCUCAUGCUUGGAAAAAUCGAGGCCAACACGUUCAUCGUGACGGAUUCGUUCCGCCUCCCCGUCGAAGGCACCGAAACGCGCGUGAACGCCCAAGACGAGGCUAAUGAGUACAUGGUGGAAUUCCUGUCGCGGGCACGGGAGGCUGGACAGCUCGAGAAUGCCGUUGGCUGGUAUCAUUCACACCCUGGGUAUGGGUGCUGGUUAUCCGGCAUCGACGUCUCAACCCAGAAAACGCAGCAGAUGUACCAAGACCCGUUUGUUGCCGUCGUCAUCGACCCGGAUCGCACUGUCUCCGCUGGCAAAGUGGAGAUCGGUGCAUUCCGUACAUUUCCCGAAGAAUACGUCAAGGACAAGGAAAAGGCGGCGAGCUCUAAAGCAGGUGGUGGCGGGGUGGGAGAGGAUGGCUUCCAAACGAUCCCGCUCGGCAAGAUUGAAGACUUCGGCGCCCAUGCAAACCACUACUACGCCCUUGAAGUGUCUCACUACAAAUCCUCGCUUGACACAAAGAUACUCGAAGCUCUGUGGAACAAGUACUGGGUCGGUACGCUGUCCGCCUCGCCCCUGUUUUCGAAUCGCGAAUAUGGUACGAAGCAAAUUCAAGACCUAGCCCGCAAGAUGAAGCAGGAGGAGCGAAGCUUAAAGGGUUAUAAGGGGGGAGGCGGGUUUGGGGGAAGUAUUGGCAUGGAGGGGAGGGAAAGGGGGCAGUUGGCGAAGUUGGGAGCGGCCAGCGAGAAGAUCUGUAGAGAGGAGGAAAUGGGUUUGCUAGCUGCGAAGGUUAAGGAGAAGGUGUUUUGUUUGAAUGGUGCGGAGCAGGAGGUUGAGAUGAAGAGCUGAGGGUGGAUGCGGAGAGAGUUCACUCACAUGCAUGGCAAGGCGUAGGCCCUCUUGGAAUUCGAGGCGGGAUGAAGGAGAGGAGGGCGAACAGGGUUUAGAUGGCAUAGCUGGUGCAACACCUGCUAGACGUGAAGACAGGCACGUCUCAUGAAUCGAGCCCGUGAUUUUAGGACCGAACUGUGGAGGCUAGGUCAGGUCAUGACGCAUAUCAUAUAUAGAUAUAAUACAAUGGCUGGCGGGACCUAUUACAAGUUCUCGCU